CUAUUUCACACAAUUAUUUUUCCCCAUAAAAUUUCUAAAACAAAACCUUUGUAAAUCCCACAAAAUUUUUUGUUUUUGGCUCCAUUAUUUCACUCACCAAAAUUGCUCUCUUCAUCAGGUGAGACAAGCACAAGUUUAACUGUGGGAAUUGUCAAGCCAGAUGAAGGAAGAAGAGAGAAUUGAAAGGAUCAUUCGCGGGCUUUUGAAGCAACCGGAUAACAGGAGAUGCAUCAAUUGCAACAGUUUGGGGCCGCAGUAUGUCUGCACAACUUUCUGGACAUUCAUAUGCACAAAUUGCAGUGGAAUACACCGGGAGUUCACACAUCGAGUAAAAUCAGUGUCGAUGGCUAAGUUCACUGCAGAUGAAGUUAGUUCUCUUCAAGCUGGAGGGAAUGAGCGAGUGAGGCAAACUUUCUUCAAGACGUGGGAUCCCAGUAGGAAUUUCUGUCCAGAUGGCAGCAACCUUAACAAACUUAGGGAGUUCAUAAGAGCUGUUUAUGUGGACCGGAGAUUUACAGGUGACAGGAUCCAAGAAAACAGGCCUUCAAAUGUUAAAUUGGGUUCCAAAGAUGUAUAUGAUGACCGGCGUUCCUUUGAAAGAACCACUCCUACUGCAAGGGAGGAGUUUGUCGAGCGCCAUUCCUUUGAAAGAUCCGCUCCUACUGCAAGGGAGGCGUUCGUCGAGCGCCAUUCCUUUGAGAGUUCCAGUCUUGCUGACAGGCGUUCAUACGAGAAGUUCAGUCGAGGUGUUAGAGACGAGUUGCAUGGUAGGUGGUCUAUAGAGAAAUACACUUCACCUAGAAAGAGCAACGAGAGGAGCUUGAGAUAUUGCAUUGAUCAAGUCAGAAGUCCCGUGACUCCCGUGAGACAGAAGAGCCGUUCUGCCAGGUUUGAGAUAGUUGAUGACAGGUUUCGAGAGGAUGGACCUCGUAAUGUGAAGAAGUAUGAGCAUUAUAGUUUCUCGAAAACAGAAUCAAAGCGCGGGAGCAGAUCACCAGAUGCUCGACGAGUGAGGAGCGAACAAAGUCCUCCUGUUAUGAGCCCGGUUAAAGCUAUCUCGGGUGAUAAAGCUCCAGAGCUGAAGGUUUCUGAGCCUCCAACUCCAAAAUCAAAGGCUAGAAAAGAGACUGAUGGUUCUGCUAAGGCUGAGAAGACUGGUGUUUCUAAAAAUUCAUCAGGAUCUUCGGCUAAUGCCAAACCGAGCCAAAAUGAAGUUGUGCAGCCUGUAAGCUUGAUCGAUUUUGACACAGAUCCUCAAUCUCUUGCUCUCACUUUAACAACACAACCGAUAGCUUCUUCCCCCGAGACUAGUGGCACAACUUCCUCGAACGACAAGGUUUCACCUGUCGAUACUCUGGAAGCUUUACUAUUCGGGUUGUCUCCAUCCGUUGAAACGACAGAGAAUAAAGCACUCGUGCCUUACGUCAAUGAUGCUAAUCCCGGGAUUACUCCUCCUGCUCGGGAUGCAGCACAGACAGAAAUCCUGGCACUGCCAGCUCCAGAAGGUUUCGAGGCUAAGGUUCAGAAUGUACAACAAUUGCAUUCUAUGCAGUCAUUCCCUUCCAGGAUCAAUAGUUUAACUCCCCAGCAAAGUACAGCUCUCGUGCUUUAUAAUCAGCGUAGUAAUUCAGAGCCUUUGCCUAACUAUGGAGAGGGAGCCGCCUUUAGUAAUACGUCACAGCAAUCAUCUCAACCCGCCUCCACGCCAGCCUGGGAUGCUAGCUCGGGGAAUGAUUUAAGAUCUAGUGGAAGAAGAGAGCUUCCAGCGGAACUUUUCACUUCGAGCUAUGCACCGUUUGCUGCAGCCUCAUCUCCCUGGCAAUUCCAUCCUCCUCACGGGAUGGGAUACGGAAUGCAAUAUUAUCCAUAUCCAACGAUGAUGGUCUCAACGAAGUCGAGAAAUCCUUUUGACGACGAUAGCCCUCAAGUUCCGGCCCCAAUGUUUCAUUCCAUGUCGUUACCACUGCAAGGACAGCCGCCUAACAUGUCUCCUUCACCGCCAUUCCCGUAUUCAAUGGCAUCACCUCAGCUUGCAUCUUCUUAUGGAAUGACCAUGCCUGCAGGAGCAUACGUUGGACAACAAUUAAACGACAACAUGUUAAACCCCAGGCAUCAACGAAGCCAUAGCGAUGAAACCGGAGAAUCAGCCUUUGCUUCGAUGAAUCCUCUCCAUCAAUCUAGCAGUGGGAUUACAUAUCAGAUGCCAAAUGCUUCAAAUCCUCCUUUAUCUAGAGGAAAUCCUUUCAGUUAGAGGAAAAUGAUGAACAUACAAGUAACAUAAUCCCAAAGAAAAGGUAGUAGGCCUGUUUAGUGCUCAAAAGAACUUCAUUUGACUGCUGUCUGAUCUUUCCUGAGAUGGAAUGGCUGCAAAAUCUAAGGUAACUAACAUAGUACACUUAAUUGUUUUUUUGGUGCCUAGGAGGCCUACUCGGCACCUAGGUGGCCUAGGCGGAGCUUAGGCUGCCUAGUGGGCCGCCUAGCUAGCCAGCUGCCUAAACCCCCGAUUAUGGUGAUACGUUAGGCAGUCGGCAAGCGCCUAACGCCUAGGCGUCGAUUAAUUGAUGUCGAUUAAUUGAUGACUAGACGGGAUUUUUGCAGUGAAGAAACAAAGAUUGCUAAUUCAUGAGAUUACAGAUGUGAAAGUGAUGGUGUUUCUUGUUUUCAUGGCCAAAUCUUGGAUGUUUUCUUUGUUGGAUAUUAGCUGAUGAACUUGGAAGAAGGCUAUCAAUGGAGGAAAGAAUUGAAAACUAGUUUUCAUCAUCAAGGUGUCUUAGAGGCCAUCCAAAUUCCUUUGCAUGAGAUUUCAGUUAUGGAUAUCUAUCUAUAUAUAUAUAGCACACACAAGCCCUCAAAACCAUUUGAAACAUUCAACUGUACUAUCAGUCUGUCAACAUUCAUGUGAUUGAGUUGACAUUCAAAAUCUCCGGUUUAAAUUGAGAUUUCAUGUUUAAAUAAAAUUGCUAAUAAUAGCCUACUUUUGAAA